AUGUUUGUCGCAACUUCCCAGAGAAGGAAUGCUUCCGUUCCACACCCCACUCACAAUCCAACGCCGGUCGGGGGACGCUGCAACGGUCAAGGACUCGGUGGUCGUGACCCAACAAGGACUCCCCUACUUGUUUCCCCAUGUCCAGUUCCCACGACCGAAGACUUUAUCGAUAGAGCAAAUGACGAGGAGACGGGUAUCAGGGAUGAGCGCUGUGCAUCUCGCCCGAUUUUCAUGGUCCUUGAACGUCAUUUCGGCCUGAGGCGUUUCCUUUUGACUGGGCAGGGUAGGCGCUUCGUCGUCUGCGAUGCUGCCACCUUUUUCGAGAUAGACAGCCUUCCCCAGCCCGCCGUUAAUCCGGAUAUUCUCAUGACUUCAGAGCCCAACGACGCAGUUGACGAUGGUGUUUACGAGCUCCUUCGUACCACGGACCUCGCUAUGUCUCCUGCCGCCCCAGCAGAGGAAUCUGCUGUCGAUAAUUUUGCACGGCAGUGCUGUUACGUGCAAGGCUGGGCUACGCAAAGAAGGGAAGGGUUUAAAGGACAAGGAAGGACAUCCCUCUCGUCAUUUGUGUCGAAAAUAGGCUCACCAAAACGGAUGUGUGCAUCAUUGACGAUUUAA